AUCUUCUGAAACACUUUGUGAUGGUGGUCCACUAUGAAAGGCGCUAUAUAAAGAUUAUUAUUUAUUAAUCUUGUGAAGCUUCAGUUUUAUAACAGCCUGGCAACAAGCACUUCCUCUAUUAGGAUCAAGUUUGAUUUUUCUGUUAGUAAAUAGUAAACGUAAUUAACAGAUCAGCCCUUGCAUCUGGCAGUGUUGUCUUUUGCUGCUACACUAUGACUGCCCAUUGGUGGUAGAGCGACUACUAAUCUGACAUUGUUAUAAUGGUAUAAUCCUUGUAUUUCAUAAUGUCAGGUGCUCAAUUUAUUUUAAAACUGCUUGGAUCUGUUUGUUUAUGUUCUAAAAUGUGUAUAUGUUAACUCCACUUCACUUUAUUAUUUGACUAUGCUUUUGCAUUUGGCUACUUUAAACAGUUUAGCAUAAGUAGUUUAUUGUCUCUUUCAAUAUAGCUCCCAUUUAAAUGAAGUAUAAUUCACACCGUUAUUAACAGGCACGUCAGACUCAACACCUUUUUUUUUUUUUAACUCAAAUUUGCAAAGUUAGCUUUUCAUUUCAUACAUUUUUAUUUUUUUAAGUUUUUUUUUUUGCGUGUUUGAGUACAGAGACACCAAUAUCCCACAAACCCGUAUGUAUCCCCCCUCCCAGUGUUAGUUUUUAUACUAGCCUCAUUUACACUGCUAAGGCUUGCUGAGAGACAGCCUCAAAAGUUAAAUAUACUGGUGACUGUAUUAAACAUGCCAAAUAUUACUGAUUACAGAAACAGCAAUGCAUGAUGAUUAACAAUAACAAAUUAAACAUUGCAUUAUUGCAAAUUCAGAAGUUACAUGUAGUUUAAGAUGAUGUGGGAUGACUCAAAGUGAAGCCAGUUUCUUUAAUGUGUGAUUUUGAAGUAGCUCUCAGCUUCAUUUUGUGGUCAUGGGUAGUACAGCAACAAUUAUUUUUUUGCAGUCCUACAAAACCCUAUUUAGCAAAUGUAAAUAGAAUAUUCACUGGUGUAUGUUUGUGAACUAAGAAUUAAGAAUCACUAAGAAUUUAAUUAUUACACUGGAGUGUAAAGUCUAUUUUCCAUUUUAGAAAAAAAAGGAGUGAAUGUGUUUAGUUUUAAAUUAACGAGUUACUGAACAACAUAUUGCUGUAAAUCACACAUCGGGAGAAUGGCAUUCAGUCUUGUUUUACUAUUUUUUGUUCUUUUUGGUUUUGAAUGAUCAAACUUGAGGUCAAGCUACAGACGGAAUAACCCUAACACCCAAGUCAGCCUCAUUGUGCAGCGCCUGUCUUUACUUUCUAGUUUCAGGAAGGCUGUAUGGAGCUGUAAUACUAAAGAAAAACAAAAUGUGAUUGUUUAAUAAUUAACUUAAACAGCAGAAUAUCUGAUAUGUAGAAGGGCAAAGGCAAAAGUCUUACUGUUUUCCUUGCACAACUGCCAGCGUUGACAUCAGUUUUAUUUCAGCUCUUCAAAAGUGCGUUAAGUCUUUCAGACAAAAGCAGACCUGAAAAAAUGACAAGUGUUUCAAGAACUAAGGUCAAACUCAACGAUGGUCGGCUGAUGCCAAUUCUGGGUCUUGGAACAUGGAAGACUUCGUCAUCACAAGUGUUUCAAGCAGCGGUGGAGACAGCUAUUGCUGCUGGAUACCGACACUUAGACACAGCAUACUCUUACAGGAAUGAGAAGGAAAUAGGGGCAGCCGUAAGGGCCAAAAUUCAACAGGGGGUCAUCAAAAGAGAGGACAUGUUUAUUGUUAGCAAGUUAUGGUGCACAUAUAACUCCCCAGAAGAUGUGCCUUUAUGUCUAAGUAAAACCUUAAAUGAUCUUCAGCUAGACUAUGUGGACCUCUACCUCAUCCAUUUCCCUGUUGCUUUACAGAGGAUAGAUGAUGAGUUCUUUCCUAUGAAGGAUGGCAAAGUCCUUACUAAAGACACAGACUACCUUGACACGUGGAAGGCAAUGGAAUCUCUUGUGUCUAAAGGCCUUGUAAAAAGCAUUGGAGUCUCCAACUUUAACAUCCUUCAACUGGAGAGGUUGCUCUCUGUUGCUAGGAUACCACCAGCUGUCAAUCAGGUUGAACUACAUCCUUAUCUGACCCAGACUGACCUUGUGAAAUUCUGCCAAUCCAAAAGCAUUGCUCUGACGGCAUACAGUCCCUUUGGAUCCCCAGGGAGGCCUCCACAAAUUCAUAUGGGUGAUAAGGAUCCAGAGAAACUACUACAGGAUCCUGUUGUUGCUACCAUAGCAACUAAACAUCAGCGAAGUUCAGCACAGAUCUUAUUGAGAUAUCAUGUGCAACAAGGGAUUGCUGUAAUUCCAAAAAGUGAGAGACCCAAUCACAUUCUGGAGAAUACCAAGAUUUUUAAUUUUAUUUUGGAUGAAGAAGAUAUGAAGUCCUUGCAGAGUCUGAACAGAGGCUGGCGGGCUUGCUGUAUUGAAGGGGUCAAGUCACAUCCCUACUUUCCUUUUUAAAGAGGUCCCAUAGAGUGUCAUGAAGAUCACCAGUGAGGAUGAGGACUCCAGUAAAUGAGUGGCUCAUCUUCAAAAAUAAUUCAUAAACUCCAUACAUAUUUGUUUCUCUGAAAAUGCAUGGGAGAAACAAUACCAGUAUGAUUUAUAUGGUUUUAAUGACUUUUUUUAUUGUUUUUUUUUUUUUUUUUUUUUGGUUUCUAUUUUUAAAGUGUGUCCUAAUAAUUAAUAAAUCCAAACUUGAAUGUUUUAAUCUGUUUCAGACUGUUACUAGACUGUUCAUAAACACUUGUAUACUGUAGGUCUCCUAAAAUCCCACCCACAUAUGUGUAAUAUAAUAUUUGGACAAAUAUAUUUAAGCAUGGAUUAUACGUUAUAAUAUAUUCUACUUAAUCUACUAAGAAUGAUAUGACAUACAGGCAGAAUGUAUCCUUUUGUGGGAAAGUAUUUAAAUGUAUGUGCAUCUGGUCUGUAGGUACUGUAUAUAGACGAGGAAAUACAUGUCUGCAUUGCAUAUAGUAAUAUGCUGAACCGACCAGAAACAGUUAACCCAUCAGGAGAUAUUUUUUGUAUCUCUCUGGGAACUAUCUGGGAACCUGUCCUUACCUGUCCCAAACCUGUGAUGUGUAAUUCCCCCUGGAGCAGAUGAGGUGUCAGUGGAUGGUAAUGUAACUCAGUAUAGAAUUGGUUAAGCACAUUGUCCACCCUCCAUACCUGUCCUGUCAGGAAUAUGAUCAUACAUUCAGAUCAAAUGGGGCCGACACAAUAAUAAAAUCUUAAGCCUGUAUUCAUACCUUUUAAGCGAAUAGUUUCACAAAAAACACCAAAGUAAAAGACAGACACCAUUCAUGAACAAAUGUCUAAUUUUAUAUGAAAUAUUUUUAGUGUUUUAAAGUUUCUUAUGAAAACCAGUUUUACUGGUAAUUUAUUAAUGAUUUGUAAUGUUAAAAAUGUAAAAUACUAGUGCUCCCUCAUUAUUUCAGAGAAAAAGAAAAAAACAGCUUGCUAGCUAGCUGCAGUAUGUCUUGAUUGCUCAUUCCAUGAAUAUCUGCUUUCCCAGAAUGUUUUUUUGACUAUUCAGGACUACUUCAAAGCCUGUUUUCCAGAAUGGUCUCGAGAUUUGUGUUUUAAUGGUUAGAUGUGGCAUUCCUGGGGAAAUGAAGCAAGUCAGCCCCUCUUCCAAGCUGUCAAACUGUGCAGUGUAGCCCGAACGUCCAUCUGUUUCUAUAGGGUAGUACUGGUGUUUGGAAAGCCGCACUUGUGCUGCUGUUUCCCUGACCUUCAGAGAAAUGAUGUGACCUUGACCUUGCCCUUGUGCUGAAGUUUGUAGUAAAAUUGCAAUUUUUUUGUUUUCCUUGUCCAAACCCCCAAAAGUGUAGCUUUUAAGGCAUUAGAAAGCACUUCUAAACAGAUCCUGUUGAUGAGAUUAGCUUUAGAUAAUUUUUUUUGGAGUCCCAUAAUUGUACAAACUGUAAGCCAUGCUGCUUAAAAGAUUGAAGUCCCUCUUCAAGUGAUUGCUUUAGAAUUCACAGAGCGCACUGCUUCAUGAAAACUGUUUGAACGUUUGAGAGAUAAAGGGGCUAGCACCCUUCCCAAUAAAAAUCUUUGUGAACCCCAGUGUUCACAUUCUGGACUCUAGAAGCGCAGCGUUUGUGGAAGGCUGUGAAAGUGUCUCCAGAUUCUCUGCCUGUGCUGCGAGGUACCAUUCAGUGGAAAUCUCAGGUAACGUUUUAAUAAUGCAGCAAAAAGUUCAUUAUUUUAAAAUCAUAAAAGGGAUAAUACAUUCUAAAUAUUUGUAUUUUCACUAAUACAUUUUACCAGUAUCACAUUCAAGAAGUACAGUAUUGCUCCCUUCAAGCCUUAUUCCAUAACUAUUAAACAAUAAUUAGUAUUGAAAGAUCAAGUAGGAUCAGAGGCUUUCUAAAUGUCUUGCAAAUAAUGGACGGAAAACCCCUCCCACCAUGCUAAUACAAAACUGGCUUCUUUUUCAGGUUUGAAUGAAAGAGGGGCGGCUGGCCAGCCCGUAUCAUUCAGCAUGAAAUGGACCAUUUAAAAUGGAGUUUUGUACAUUGAUAAAAUGGACAGCAAAACCUUUGCAAAUGUAAGUUGGAUAGAACUCAAAGAAUAAAAACCAGUAGACUUCUUUGUACAAUUGACUGCACCAGUGUUUUUCAUUUAUAUUGCAUGCCAUGAUGAAAAGUCUUUUUUGAAUUAAAAAAAAAGAAAUUAAAAAACAGAAUGAUGUCAUAUGUUGGUUAAAUCACCUAAAAGUAAAGAUGUAGCCCCUAAAUGUUUUACUCCCACCCCAACCUUUAAUAACUUCAAUGCUAUUUUCACAUAACUGCUCUUUAGUGUUAAAAAGAUGUUUCAACAUUUUAAAACUUUGGGGAGUGAAAAGGAUUUCAGGGUAGAAUACUGGAUUGUUGUUUUACAACAUCUUUUAAUACUUUGUAACAUGCAAUAUUUGUUCUUCAUUGGCUUUACUAAGCAUUGAAAUAUCCCAUGUAUUAUUAACAUGUAGUUAAAUUACAUGAAAAUAUUAAAAUCGGUCAAAACGCAA